UCCGCCUACCACUUCUGGAAUCAUCCUCGUCUUCCGCUAAAACCCUAACCCUAAACCUCGCAAGAAGCCGGAGAUGGUGUUCGGGCAAGUGGUGAUCGGCCCUCCGGGCUCCGGCAAAACCACGUAUUGCAAUGGCAUGUCCCAGUUCCUCAAGCUCAUCGGCAGGAAGGUAGCAGUCGUCAAUUUGGAUCCUGCCAAUGAUGCCUUGCCAUAUGAGUGUGCGGUUAAUAUCGAGGAUCUUGUGAGACUCAGUGAUGUUAUGCUUGAGCAUUCACUUGGUCCAAAUGGAGGUCUUGUUUAUUGCAUGGAUUACUUGGAGAAGAACAUUGACUGGUUGGAGUCUAAAUUAAAGCCUCUGGUUAAAGAUCAUUACCUUCUCUUUGAUUUUCCUGGCCAAGUUGAACUUUUCUUUCUCCAUUCUAAUGCAAAGAAUGUUAUUUUUAAACUUAUGAAGAAGAUGAACCUUCGGUUAACUGUUGUUCACUUGGUUGACGCCCAUCUAUGUUGUGAUCCUGGAAAAUAUGUGAGUGCAUUGCUUCUUUCAUUGUCAACCAUGUUGCAUUUGGAGCUUCCUCACAUUAAUGUCCUCUCCAAGAUUGAUCUUGUUGAGAGCUAUGGGAGACUAGCUUUCAAUCUUGACUUUUACACAGAUGUUCAAGAUCUGUCUUAUUUACAGUAUCAUCUCGAUCAGGAUCCACGCGAGAGAAAUUGCAGGAAGCUUACAAAGGAGUUAUGUGGUGUCAUUGAAGAUUAUAGCCUUGUUAACUUUACCACUUUGGACAUUCAAGAUAAAGAAAGUGUUGGAAAUCUUGUGAAGGUGAUAGAUAAAAGCAACGGGUAUAUAUUUGCUGGGAUAGAAGGAAGUGUUGUCGAGUUCAGCAAAAUUGCAGCAGCUCCUCUUGACUGGGACUACUAUAGGACAGCGGCUGUACAAGAGAAGUAUAUGAAGGACGAUGAUGAUGACUAGUUUCGAGGAUCACCAAGGUGGCUUUGUGUAAAAUACAUAAACCAUUUCCAUGUUGAAAGGUUUAUUAAUUUUGUCAAGAACACUUGUAUAACUUUUCACAAAUUUUGUAGAGACUGACUGUUUAGAAAUCAUUGGUGGUUCUUUUUUGUGGUCU